UGAGGGGUAAAGUCCUGUGAUUUAAUCACAGAGACUGCGCUCGAUUGUCUGGGAAGGACUGGGCCGAUGACAUAUUCCGAACAUGAACCCAAGCAAUGAUCCCAUCAAAUUCUCUGUUGAACUUUCAGUUUGAAAUGUAAACUCCAUGAUCGACCUCAAUCAGCAAAAGUGAACAUUAUUAAUGGUAGCUUACAGGAACAUUGGCAACUGAUUCACACCCUGAGGAUGGCAAAGAGUCUAUUGAUCACUUAUGUCCUUUGGGUAUUUGGAGGACUCUUCGGCCUCCAUCAUGUUUACCUGAGGAGAGAUAGUCAUGCCUUACUAUGGAUGGUCACGUUUGGUGGAUUUGGAGUAGGGUGGCUCAGGGAAUUUUGGCGAUUACCAAAGUAUGUCGAAAAUUCAAACAAACCCUCGAGAAAUAGACAAAAAAGUCAACAACCAUUGAUGAACAUGAGCCGUGUUUUUGGCCAGAUAGCAGUUGGUAUUUACUUUGGCGUAGUCGCUCUCAUAGGUCUGUCAUCGUUAAGUAGUUUCUAUAUCUUGGCUUUGCCCCUGUCAGUCACACUUGGUGUUCAUCUGGUUGCCAAUGUUGGGGAGGAGACUUCAGAUGUUGGGAAGACAAUGCUUGCCUCCAUUAUUACAUCUCCCAUAUUCUACGGACGACCCAUUGCAACAAUACCCAUCAGUAUUGUUGCCACUAUUACCUCUGCUCAAUGCCGUCAGUAUAAGGUUUCGAGCCACAUGGAAGAGAACCUAAGCGUCCGUCUCUACAGACUGGGGCUAGCUUGCUUAGCGUUCACCAUGCCAAUUUCCUACUGCGUGUUCUACAACACCACGGUUACUGUCACAUACAUCGCAGAUACCAUCGGCCUGAUCCUAGACUCGCUCCGGAUAUUCCCUUCCAUCAGUGGUUUUCUCGAGUCCGCACUCCUGCUCCCAUACCAUAUGUGGAAGCUGCUUACAGGUGGGAUCCACUUGAGCUACGAGUAUAACCAGGAGUGGGCCAGGAUAUUUGAUUCUGUCGCUACCAUUCAAGCCGAACGGAAGAAGCUGGCAUAUGAGGUGCUGGGAUUACAGGACAAAGCUACUCGGGAAGAUAUCAACAAAAGCUACAGAGAGAUGGUGAAACGCUGGCAUCCCGACCACAACCCACACAAUUUAAAUGAAGCACAACAACAAUUCCUUGAGAUUCAGGCAGCGUAUGAAGUACUGACAAAGCCAAAGAAUGAAGAGACACUUUAAUGCUGUAGUACCCUUUGUAACGUCUUACUGAGAAUUACUUGAACCAACCAGUCAUUUCCCAAAUAAAUCCUAAUAGCAUAUUGGAGGGGAAAGGGGGCAGGGUGUCAUAGUUCUUAAAUGUAGUGGCAGAUAAGGUGAAAAUGUAAAUAGAAACCUAGCAAAUGCAGCACCUGCCAGCACACUUAAAGCUCAAGUAUAAAAAUCAAUACAAAAAAGAUAAUUUGGUUACUCAAUUCCUGACUGCUUAUGGGACACUGCUGUGCGUAAUUGGCUGCCAAGUUUUGCCCACAAAAUACACAGUCACUACACUUUACAGCAUAUUCUGUGACGUGCUCUGAGACAUAUCAAGUUUGAGGCACUAUAUCAAAUCCAAGGAUUAUUAUUAUUAAUCAAUUUGCAGAGCUUUUGCACUCAACAGAGACUCACUCCAUUUUAAUCUCCUUUGUAGCAGAGCAUGAACAAGUGCAGCCCAAACUAUUCUUAGUUAUUUCAAAGCAAUCUAUCUGCCUCAGUCCCCUCCCCAUCAAUUAUUUGAAGUCCACUUAAUCACAAUAAUAUUUAAAAAAUUACACAA